GGGACAUACAGAUUCACAAAUAACUGCCAACUGGCUCAUUCCUUCGUUCAUUGGACACUACUAAUUACCUGGAACCGUACGGUAAGUGCAAGAAUCGGGCGCAAAGAAAUCAGUUAGUUUAUACCCGUUCGUGAAAGAGAUAUAAGAUAUUGGAAAUUGAAGCGCAAAGGAAUCAAUUGGUUUAUACUCGCUCGUGCAAAAGACAUUGGAUUUAUUGGAUUGGGUAUUAGAAGUUGCAUCAUUUCGAAUAUGAACGCUAGGCAUCUUUGCUCAACUUUCUGCAGAAUAGGUUUCAAAAGAUAUGUAUUACCUCAAAGUAUUUCGCAUAUUUCGUCUGUGUCUAAUAAUAUUGUUGGAAGUACACUGCUUGCACACCCAUGCCUAAUUCAAAAACGAUGGAUCAAAAUUCUUUUGUCUAAACCUGAGGUGGAAAGUAAAGUGUUAGCUGUCUGCUCUGCAUAUGACAAAAUCCAACCAGAAAAGCUUACGCUGGAUUCUUCAUUUAUUAAAGAUCUCGGUCUUGACAGCUUGGACCACAUAGAAGUAAUUAUGGAGAUCGAGAAUGAAUUCCGGUUUGAAAUAAGUGACGUGGACGCGGAAAAGAUGCAUACACCUCGUGAUAUUGUAGAACAUGUGUAUCAUUCAAUUAAAAUGGCUGAACCUGCAAAUUAAAAUUUGGUGAAAUAUUGAAAAAUUCCAACUAAUAACACUAGGUUGUUCAUUAUUGUAGAUAUAUCUCCCUUGCAAUCGAUAUUAUAACUCCUUCUGAAUACACUAGUUUUGAAUAUAUGGAAGGUGUUUAAGCUCACAUAAGUUAAAUGUUCGUCGCUCUAUCUUUCUUCCGAACAUUGACGUUUUAAAAUCGCUAGAUCUCUUAGAUUAGAAGAUCAUUUCUA